AAUCACAGUCAAAAUACACCCAGAUGCUCUUACACACCCAGACGCGCGCGCAUCCCCGGGCCAUGGGGCGCACGUGAGCCCACGCCCCGCGCACCCAGCCCUGCCCCUCGCCAGAGCAUCCUCAGCAGCUGCCACAGAGGCCGCCGCCUCCGCAGCCUCCGCCGCCUCCUCCUCCGGCCGCCGCCUCCGCUGCCGCCGCGCCUCCUGUCCCCUCUUGUUCUCCUUCCUCUCCCAGUUCCUGCUCCCCCUCCCAUCCCUUGGCGCCUGCUGCCCGGCGGCGAAGCGCAGAACCCUCAGCCGCGGCUCCCCUUCGCUCGGGCCAGUAAGAGGCUGGAACAGAAAACCAAAUAGAGGCCGGUUUUCUCUUCUGAGGAGUCAGAAGCGCAGCUCACCCAACACGUUAUGGUUUGAGGAGCUGUGCAAUCAGUUGUAACUGAAAAUGUCUGACGGUCUGGAUAAUGAAGAGAAACCCCCAGCUCCCCCACUGAGGAUGAAUAGUAACAACCGGGAUUCUUCGGCACUCAACCACAGCUCCAAACCACUUCCCAUGGCCCCUGAAGAGAAGAAUAAGAAAGCCAGGCUUCGCUCUAUCUUCCCAGGAGGAGGGGAUAAAACCAAUAAGAAGAAAGAGAAAGAACGCCCAGAGAUCUCUCUUCCUUCAGACUUUGAACAUACGAUUCAUGUGGGGUUUGAUGCAGUCACCGGGGAAUUCACUGGAAUUCCUGAGCAAUGGGCGCGAUUACUCCAAACCUCCAACAUAACAAAGCUGGAACAGAAGAAGAACCCCCAAGCCGUCCUAGAUGUUCUCAAAUUCUAUGAUUCCAAAGAAACAGUCAACAACCAGAAGUACAUGAGCUUUACAUCAGGAGAUAAAAGCGCACAUGGAUACAUAGCAGCCCAUCCUUCGAGUACAAAAACAGCAUCAGAGCCUCCUUUGGCUCCCCCUGUGUCCGAAGAAGAAGAUGAGGAAGAGGAAGAAGACGACGACAAUGAGCCGCCACCAGUCAUUGCACCAAGACCGGAGCAUACAAAAUCAAUCUACACUCGUUCCGUGGUUGAAUCCAUUGCUUCACCAGCAGCACCAAAUAAAGAGGUCACACCACCUUCUGCUGAGAACGCCAAUUCCAGUACUUUGUAUAGAAACACAGAUCGGCAAAGGAAAAAGUCCAAGAUGACAGAUGAGGAGAUCCUAGAGAAGCUAAGAAGCAUUGUGAGUGUUGGUGACCCAAAGAAAAAGUACACAAGAUUUGAAAAAAUAGGUCAAGGGGCAUCAGGUACUGUUUAUACAGCGCUAGACAUUGCCACAGGACAAGAGGUGGCCAUAAAGCAGAUGAACCUUCAACAGCAACCCAAAAAGGAAUUAAUUAUUAAUGAAAUUCUGGUCAUGAGGGAAAAUAAGAACCCCAAUAUUGUUAAUUAUUUAGAUAGCUACUUAGUGGGUGAUGAACUAUGGGUAGUCAUGGAAUACUUGGCUGGUGGCUCUUUGACUGAUGUGGUCACAGAGACCUGUAUGGAUGAAGGACAGAUAGCAGCCGUCUGCAGAGAGUGCCUCCAAGCUUUGGAUUUCUUGCACUCAAACCAAGUGAUCCACAGAGACAUAAAGAGUGACAAUAUUCUCCUUGGGAUGGAUGGCUCUGUUAAAUUGACUGAUUUUGGGUUCUGUGCCCAGAUCACCCCUGAGCAAAGUAAACGAAGCACUAUGGUGGGAACUCCCUAUUGGAUGGCACCUGAGGUGGUGACUCGAAAAGCUUAUGGUCCAAAAGUUGAUAUCUGGUCUCUGGGGAUUAUGGCGAUUGAAAUGGUAGAAGGUGAACCCCCUUACCUUAAUGAAAAUCCACUCAGGGCAUUAUAUCUGAUAGCCACUAAUGGAACCCCAGAGCUCCAGAAUCCUGAGAGACUGUCUGCUGUAUUCCGUGACUUUUUAAAUCGCUGUCUUGAGAUGGAUGUGGAUAGGCGAGGAUCUGCCAAGGAGCUUUUACAGCAUCCAUUUUUAAAAUUAGCCAAGCCUCUCUCCAGCCUGACUCCUCUGAUUAUCGCUGCAAAGGAAGCGAUUAAGAACAGCAGCCGCUAGGACUGCAAGCCUUACCCCACACCAUCUCCUUCAUGAGUAAGACUGAAAUAAAAUUCCACUGCAGGAAAGAUGGAAGAAAAGACAGUUGAAUGGGGUGGGGAUUCUUUAACUUUCAAAUGAAUAGAAACUUCUUAUAAGCCUUUUUCCUACUCCCUCAGAUUAUGUAAUUUAUUUGUAAGCCUGAAUCGCAGCCCAAACAGGGCAGCAAUGUCGAAGUGGCCGUAAAGUGGUCACUUCUACCGUGAAGCGAAAGAGCCAGUAGUGAAUCCCCUCAUUUUGUGCAUUCACUUUGAAGAAAAAAGAUUUCUCAAAGAUGCACACUCCCUCUUCAUAGUGUUGUGUUUGUUUUUAAGUUAGAGAGUAGUCCCUCUUGCAUUCGAACCUCCUUCAAAACUCCUAACCCAAUGUGAUGUUUUUCACUUGCAUUGUCAUUAGAUGUCCAGAAAAAAAAAAAAAAGAUGUCAAAACGUUUUUUUAAAAAAAAAGAAAGUAAAAAA